AUGUCGUCUCCACCGUUGCCCGCGAUACUCUGUCCCGGRGUGGUAUCUCAAAAUCCGGUACCACCCCAAUCCCAACGUCCGUCGCGAAGCAGUUCAUUAUCUGCCUCGACCUUUUGCCUUCUCGACGCUCUUGAGCCAACCUUUGCACCUCGAGCUCGCAGUAGCUUGCCGAGCCUCGAUACUCUUGCUGGAGUACUUGGGACCUCCACCUUUGACGACUUGCUUCGAACGCAUUUAGGAGACAAAGACAGUAUGAACGCUAGUCGGAUUCACGCCACGAAGCGUCGCUCGCAGCACCAGGAUGAAAAGGUCGAACCCAAGGAGAAUGUCAACAAUAGUGUUCGCGAACGAGUGCUCAAAGACUCACCAAUCAUCGCCGAAUUGCGAACCAAUGUGAUUAUCAAGGACGAAUUCACUCUCGUCAAGGAUCUGACGCUUCAUCUCGCUGCACGUUACACGCGUAAUGACUCUGCGAUCAUGGUUCAAGUUGAUCACAGCGUGUGUCUGGCUUUGGGUGGAACCUUUGAUCCCUGCUACAUUCYCACCCUCACGACUGGUUCUUCGCAAAUGGGCCCAAUCAUGAACAGACGCAACGCCGCCUUGAUACAGUCAUUCUUGGCAGAUGUAUUGGGUGUACCAGCAGAGCGUGGCGUUGUCAAGUUUCAGCCCAGUCCGGAGGAGAACUUUGCUUACAAUGGAACGACUUUGCUUGCUGAGAUUGAACGACGGGAGAAGCAACACGAGAAGGGCCAUGGGUCCCGACGGUCUGUCGAGUGUUACAGCAGGAAGAGCACGCCGUCGCCGAAGAAGAGCGCCAGCAAACUGAAUGCGGAAGUAAAAAUCAACGACAAGACCAUGCAGGAAGCCAAGGUGAUUGAGGCAAUCACGGAAUCGAAGUUUGUGGAGCCCAAGACGUUGACAACCCAUCGGCCAAAGACCGCCCCAGACUCGAAGCGUAAAUCUGGCACGUUGCCUGUUGGUGUCUCCGCUACCAUUCUCUCACCUGGUGGAGUCUUUGAAUUGCCAGCUUCGGAUAUGGAGAGGAUUCGGUCUACGCCCAUUCAGCGUCAGUCAAGCGGAUCCAAUGGGCUACGAAUGAACCCUGUGUCAUCAAACGAUUCUGAGUAUCAGAAGAGGCCUUCUUCUGGAAUGACCAGAGCUACGUCUGGCGAGUUCACCCGAGUAAAAGAUAAGCGGAGAAGCAAUUCACAUUUGCUUUCCCUCUCAGAUCCGCUUGCCGCACCUGCGCCGCCACCUAUUCGAAUUCAGCGCCCGAUAGCACUGUCGCCGAAGGAGCACUCAUUCUUGCAGAACGAAUACACCAAACCUGGCCAGCAGAAUCCUCGUUCUUCGAAUGUCAAUCGAAUGUCUGCACCCAUUUCCAUGCGUGAGAAGCCAAUGCCGAAAGUGUUUGGCUCUGAUGGGGUCAUUUCAGAGGAUUCCACCCAGGAACUGACGGAUUCCGAACCCACUGCCAACACAGCAAAACGUCGGUCGACCAUGACCGCGACUCCAAAGAUCCCCGAGUCACCGAUCGAACCAAAAUCUAGCGAUUCAAAGUCGAUCAAGUCUACUAAAAAUGGAAAGCGCAAGAGUUUCUUGGCUGCGUUUAGGAGGAGUACCGUGACGGCGGCUUGA